AUGGCACCAAAUGAUAUCGAAUCUUGGUCAACAGAAGAUACUAUUAGAGUCUUGAUAGCAUCAGAUAUUCAUUUAGGUUACCUUGAAAAUGAUGCAGUUCGCGGUGAAGACAGUUUUAUCGCAUUUGAAGAAGUCUUAUCGUUAGCAGUUGAAUAUGACGUGGACAUGGUUUUGCUUGGUGGAGACCUCUUCGAUCACGCCAAACCUUCACCCAGUUGUAUGUUUAAGUGUACACAGAUAAUUCGAAAAUACUGUUUCGGUGAAAAACCUAUUAGUAUUGAAAUUGUGUCUGAUCAAUUAAAGAAUUUUUCUAGAGGCGUUAAUUAUGAGGAUCCUAAUUUAAAUGUUUCGUAUCCUAUUGUUUCUAUACAUGGAAACCAUGAUGACCCAGUGGGCCAAGGCAGUGUUAGUUCCCUAGAUAUCUUGUCCAUCACAGGUCUGGUUAACUAUUUUGGUAAGUGGACAGAUUACACACAUGUACGCAUUUCACCAAUUCUAAUACAAAAAGGUGAAACAAAGCUGUCUCUUUAUGGUUUAAGUCACUUGAAAGAUCAACGAUUGGCACGGCUUUUUGCUGAAAAAAAAGUUGAGAUGGAUCUUGUUGAAGAUGGCAAUGAUUGGUUUAACAUUUUAGUAUUGCAUCAAAAUAGAGCAGAUAGAGGACCCAACAAUUAUAUUUCGGAAAAUGUAUUACCCACCUUUUUAGACUUAGUCAUAUGGGGUCAUGAGCAUGACAGUCAAGUCUUUGCAACAAAAGAUAUUAAAAGAGAAAAUGAAAGCUUCUUAGUAAUUCAACCAGGAAGUACAGUAGCCACAUCACUAGCAUCAGGGGAAGCCUUACCUAAACAUUGUGUGAUGUUACAAUUGCAUAAAAAGGAAUAUAUAAUAACACCAAUACCUUUAAAAACAGUUCGACCUUUUGUAUUUAAGACUAUUGUGCUAUCUGAAGAAAAUUUGGGCAAUGAAGGUGUAAACGAAAAUGAGAAAGUCCAGAAUUUUUUAAAGGAAAAAGUUGAAGAGGCCAUAAAGGAGGCUGAAAAUCUGCACAGUGGUAAUGUAAGACAACCUUUACUACCUCUCAUUAGAAUUAGUGUAUUUUAUGAACAUGAUGGUCAAGACUUCAAUCGUAUUCGAUUUGGGCAAAACUUUAAUGGCCAGGUUGCCAAUCCAAAUGAUGUCUUAAUAAUGAAGCGGGAAAAGAAAAUUCGUGAUCGAAAACGGCGGGAAUCUGGGGAAGGCGAAGAUGUCGAUAUCGGCGAGGUGGCAGCCGAGGCGACAGAUGUGGAGUCACUGCUGCGUUCCUACUACGAGUCACAGCCGCCGGACCGACGUCUCGCGGUGUUGUCGGUUCGCGCAGUCACCGAAGCGGUUAAAGAUUUUACUUUGAAACGUGACGAUGAUAUUUUCCGCCGCGUGUUAGACGCUCAUCGGAGACGCUGCGUAGAUUUUCUUUUAGAGUCAAAUGCAGAAACACCAGAGGAAGUUGAAGAAAAAAUGAAGGAAUGUAAAGUCGCUCUCGAUGCGGCGGACGAAGACGGACUGAAGAGUAUGAUCGCAGAGGCGACAAAAACGUUGCAGACGGCAAAACAGUCUGCGUCCUUAAAACAAGAUUCGAUCAUAUUGUCAAGCGACGAGGAGGCUCCGUUGGGACGUGGACGUGGGCGUGGGCGGGCGGCGCGCGCGCGUGGGCGGGCGCGCGGGGCGGGGCGGGGCCGCGCGUCGCCGCCCGCGCCGGCGCCGCCGCCCGAGCGCCGCACGCCGCGCCGCACCGCCGCGCAGAAGACUACUUCUUGGUUACAAAGCAUCACGGCGGAGAAGUCGCGGAGGCGUAGAAACUCUUCAGACAUCGAAGUGUCAGAU